UCCUUGGACAAGCUCUGGGCUUCCUCAUUGCUCUAUGCUAUUUACAGAUAGGCGUGGGAUAGAAACAAAUGACUAGAGUUUAUUCACUCAGUUUCCCAUUUCAUUCUUGAGGAGGUGAGGAGUUUUGCUUUUCAUGCCUGAGUUCUCUUCACAGGCAACACACACAGCAGAGGAAAGGCCUGUGAACUUUGGCUCAUGAAAUAGCAUGUCAGGAAAUGCCAAUAUAUUAAUGGACUUUUACACUUCCCUGAAAAUAUUUAUUAACGGGCUCCUUAGACUUUCCCAUCCUGAUUUCAAGACAGUGGACACACUGUUCAAAAUGGACAGUCCAGCUUUCAUCUAGCUUCUCACAGAGACAAGAGUGCCUCUGGCAAAGUAAUUAUUGUGGUUCAUGGAGUUGCCAUUCACCAACCUGGAAUUGGCCUUCAUCUUGCUGGCUUUUGUUGUCUUCUCCCUAUUCACUCUGGCUUCCAUCUACAGUGAUCCUGAGGAGAGAAAUGAAGACAAGAAUCAUAAGAAGGAAGGAAAGGAGGGAGGGAAAGAGAGGAAGGGAGAAAAGGAGAAAAAAUUUUGCCAAAUUAAUGCAAAUAGAUUUUUAAAAAUUCAUCAAGUUUACGUAACAUUCACAAAAAAAGAAGGAAGGUUGGACUAA